AUGCUAAAAACUGAUGUCUCCCAUUUUCUCAAGAUGCAUAAUUUAGAAUCCCUGAUUCCACAUUUUUACAAACAUAAUUAUGUGUACGUCGAUCAGGCUUUCCUAGAUGUUAAUGAUUCUACACUGAAGAAGAUGAACCUCAGUAAGGAGGAGCGCCACCUGUUUUAUCAGGCCAUCGAUAAGCACUACUCUCAGUUAGAGGACGAGCAGAACGAACAAGAGUUGGCUAACCGGCAACUGCAGGAGGAGCAGCGGAGGACGAAGCGCCUGAACAUGAAACAUGAUAGACUCGAUCUGAGCAGCAUCAUAGCAUAA